AUGUUGGUUGCUGUUAGUGGAACUAAGUUCAGUGGUUUGGAAUUAGCCAUCGAAGGCUUAGUCAAAGAUCAUGGUUUUCAACUAAUUGACAAAGACAAAAAUGAAGAUGAGAUAUUGGAUUAUGCCACUAAAAAUUAUACAAAGAAUUUAGUAGUAGAACUAGAAAAAUUAUCUCUAUUGGAAAAAUUAGAAAAACGUCCAUUCUUCGUACAUUUAUCAUUGGAUGCUUCAAUUAAUCUAAGGUUGAAUUUGCAAAAACUGAAUCCAAAGUUCAAAGAAAAUGAUGGCAUAGAUUUAUCUGAUAUACUAAAGGCGAUCGACGAAUGUGAUUACGAAAAUGAAUCAGUCUUAGUACGUGAAAGGGCAAAUUUCAAAUUUAAAAUAAUAACAAAAGAUCUGUCAGAUAUUAAAAAUCGUUUAAUUAAAUCCAUCGCUGAACAAUUACAAAUGUUACAAAAUCAAUCUUCUUCCAAUGAACUGUCCCCUCCUUUAAGACCCGAUUGGGAUACUUACUUCAUGAAAUUAGCCACUUUGGCUGCUUCUCGUUCAAAUUGUAUGAAACGUAGAGUCGGUUGUGUUAUUGUUAGAGAUCGUAGAGUCAUCGCUACAGGUUACAACGGUACUCCUCGUCAUCUAACAAAUUGCUUCAACGGUGGCUGUCCAAGGUGUAACGAUGGCAAUUCACAUACUUUACAUACUUGUCUAUGUUUACAUGCUGAAGAAAAUGCUUUGCUUGAAGCUGGUAGAGAUCGUAUUGGCCAAAAUGCAAUCUUAUACUGUGACACAUGCCCCUGUUUAACUUGUUCUGUGAAAAUUGUACAAACAGGAAUAAAAGAAGUUGUAUAUAGCCAAUCUUACCGCAUGGACGAAGAUAGUUUCAAAGUCCUGAAAGAAGGGGGUGUCAAUAUCAGACAGUUUAAUUUCCUGCAAGAUCCAAGAAUCAUCUUAAUAUAG